UUCAAGUUUUGUUACAAAAUCUCUUUUGUGGUGGUGUCUGUUUGUUCUUUGAUAUGUGGGUGAGUGGGAUCCGGAAAGUGAGAAAGGGUGCUUUUUUUGGAGAAAUAUUUGGUUCCCUGAGAUGGCGAGUUUCCAGCGGCAGCUUCCACAAUGUCUUGCUAGGCGAAGUUGGCAGACAGCAGGUGGGCCGCCUCGGGAAGAGCACCUCCUUCCGCGCCAAGCCCAGCGGCUCCCUGGGCGCCGGCCCUCCCUCGCCCCCACCCGCGCCGUCCCGCGGUCCAGCGCAGGAGACCCGUGGCGCGGACGCGCGCUUCGGAGUGGAGGGCGGCGCCCAGGACCCUGGUGGGAGUGUGUGCGUCGCGCGGGAGAGCCGGAGGCUGGGGUGGGAGGCGCCGGUCGAGGGAGCCCGGCUCGCAGAGCUCCAGCGGAGGAGCGAGGGGAGCGCAGACCCCGGCGCCCAAUGCUCGCCAUGGGGCGCCCCCCGAGCCCGCGACCGCUGCCGCCGGUAUUCCUGAUGUUGCUGCUGCUGCUGCUGCCGCCGUCGCCGCUGCCUCUCGCAACCGGAGACCCCCUUCCCACAGAAAGCCGGCUAAUGAACAGCUGUCUGCAAGCCAGGAGGAAGUGCCAGGCUGAUCCCACUUGCAGUGCUGCCUACCACCACCUGGAUUCCUGCACCUCUAACGUAAGCACCCCACUGCCCUCAGGGGAGCCUUCAGUCCCAGAAGACUGCCUGGAGGCAGCACAGCAACUCAGGAACAGCUCUCUGAUAGGCUGCAUGUGCCACCGGCGCAUGAAGAACCAGGUUGCCUGCUUGGACAUCUAUUGGACUGUUCACCGUGCCCGCAGCCUUGGUAACUAUCAGCUGGAUGUCUCUCCUUAUGAAGACACAGUGACCAGCAAACCCUGGAAAAUGAAUCUCAGCAAACUGAACAUGCUCAAACCAGACUCAGACCUCUGCCUCAAGUUCGCCAUGCUGUGUACUCUCAAUGACAAGUGUGACCGAUUGCGCAAGGCCUACGGCGAGGCGUGCUCUGGGCCCCGCUGCCAGCGCCACGUCUGCCUCAAGCAGCUGCUCACCUUCUUCGAGAAGGCCGCCGAGCCCCACGCGCAGGGCCUGCUGCUGUGCCCCUGUGCCCCCACCGACCGGGGCUGUGGGGAGCGCCGGCGCAACACCAUCGCCCCCAGCUGCGCGCUGCCACCGGCGGCCCCCAACUGUCUGGAGCUGCGGCGCCUCUGCUUCUCCGACCCGCUGUGCAGAUCACGCCUGGUGGAUUUCCAGACUCACUGCCAUCCCAUGGACAUCCUAGGAACUUGUGCAACAGAACAGUCCAGAUGUCUCCGUGCAUACCUGGGGCUGAUUGGGACUGCCAUGACCCCCAACUUUGUCAGCAAUGUCAACACCAGUGUUGCCUUAAGCUGCACCUGCCGAGGCAGUGGCAACCUGCAGGAGGAGUGUGAACAGCUGGAAGGGUUCUUCUCCCACAAUCCCUGCCUCACAGAGGCAAUUGCAGCUAAGAUGCGUUUUCACAGCCAACUCUUCUCUCAGGACUGGACAGACUCUACCUUUGCUGUGGGGGCACACCAGAAUAAAAACCCUGCUCUGAGGCCACAGUCCUGGAUGCCCUCUCUUUUCUCCUGCACGCUUCCCUUGAUUCUGCUCCUGAGGUUAUGGUAGCUGGACAUCCCCAGGGCCUUCUUCCCCUCCACCACACCCAGAUGGACUUGCAGCCCACAGGGGUGAGGAAACGACAGCAGCAGGAAGGAGGUGUAGUGCACAGAUGAGGGUACAGGAGAAGCUACGGGUUAUGACCUCCAGAUCCUUACUGGCCCGGGUCCUCAUUCCCUCCACCCAUCUCCACUUCUGAUUCAUGCUGCCCUUCCUUGGUGACCACAGUUUAGCCAAUCUUCUGGUGGUGACCAGCUCCACCAAGUCCCUUUCUGAGCCCUUCCCCGUGACUACCAGGAUCACCAGAAUCCAAUAAGUUAGCCAUUCUCUAUUGCAUUCCAGGUUAGGGUUAGGCAGGACUGGGUGUUCUGAGGCAGCCUAGAAAGGCAUUCUCCACUGUGAGAAAGGCUGGAGCAAGACUUCUGCCCCUUCUUCUCCUCCUCUGAGUGGAGGAUGGGAACCUGCUGCCUGCACUGCCGUGUCCCCAGAUCCUGCAGAACAUCCGGGCAUCAGGAACUGGAGCCUAUGGGCCUUGCUUUAUUCCUAUUAUUGUCCUAAAGUCCCUCUGGCCUCUUGGAUCAUGAUUAAACCUUUGACUUCAGA